ACUGCAGCAGUCAGCACAGGUCUGCCUCGUUCUCCCAGGGAGGGGUGAGGCUUUUUAACAUUUCAUUCCUCUAAACAAACCCUCCCCGAAUUCCUCCCCAGCCGUCGCCCAGUAGCUGCAUCCCCGGGGCAGGUGGUGAGUGCGAGUGUGUGUGUGCGCAGUGUUCUCACAGCAUGGAGGCUGCUGCGCUUCUCUGCCUGGCUGCGCUGCCCUGCCUGCUGGAUGCCAGGCUGGUGCCGGAGGGCGAGGAUGGCUUUGCGGAGUGUAAUGGCUACUUUUACCAGGGUAGCCCACCCCAAGGCUUCAGCGGACCCUCCUUUGCCAAGAUCUGCCAGAAAUACAAUGGGGACAAGCAAUUUGCGACAUUGUACAACACCCAAGACAAGACACCGGUGUAUUCUGCAUUCACCUACAGAGAGGGGGCUGCCGGUGGCCCGGGGGGCUGGCUGAUUGAACCCCAGCUGGAUGAUGCAGGAAGCAGUCUGGAUGAAGCUACAAGCGGGAACGAGAUCUCUAAUCAGAUCAGUGGUCUUGGUGGGAACCAAGCCUUGGAAGAAGACUAUUCCUCCUCGGAAUACCAACCAGGGUCUCUGUUCCAUUCAGCCCAUUCUACGCUUACUAACGCCGUGCCAUUAACAAGUAGCUUCAAGGAAAAAUGGGUGUCGGAUGCCGACAGAUUUGUAAAAGAAAGCUUGUUACCUUAUUGUGAAAACGGGGAGAACCUGCACCUUAUUGCCGGUGCCGUUCCAUCCAGCGUUAAACUAAAUGACAAGGUGUCCGUUCCAGAGUUUGUGUGGCUUGCCGCUUGUUGUAACGUCCCCAAUGCCUGGUCUGCUGGAAUCGUUAAGGGAACCGGAGAUUUGGAUAACCUGGAGGACAUAACGGUGGAAGAGCUGGAGAACAAGUAUCUUGGUGGCGCCAAGCUGUUUUCCAAUCAAUGCGGUGGAGGUGCUGCCCAUCCGGAGAGAAAAGCAACCUCCGACGCCUCAACUCAGACCGACACAGAACCCCCCGGUGCAGCGACGGGACCUUUUUUCAGAUUCGUUCAGUUCCUUAUCUGUAUUGUAUAUGAAAUCUUGAAAAGUGUGUUGUAUCUGGUUUGGUUCCUCGUAAAACAGGUCUGUAACCUGGUGUUGGGGAGGUUGUACUGGAUCUGGACCGCCGUUACCACCUAUAUCUUUGCACUGUGCAAAGUCUUGUUGGGUAUCCCUUAUGAUGUCCUUCGUGUUAUCGGAAACGUUAUCUGUGGCUUUGUAAGAAUAAUUAACAAUGUCUUCUCUGCUGUGUGUCUCGUACUUAGGCUACCGUUGAGGUUUCUCAGUGACAUCGCUAGUUUUCCUUACUACACACUUUGUGCCAUUCCAGAUGUUGGCUUAGAAAUAUUAAGUGGACUUUGGGGCGUGUUGGCAUUGGGUCUGAAUGCCAUCUUUGGCGCUUUUGGUGGAUCUUUCUCUGUUGCGUCGUUUGCCGGUAGCAGUGUCCUCCAGAGGUUCGUAGGACAGUCAGGAGGAUACGAAGACUGAAUUACUAUAUACACGGUAACAAUACUGCUGAUUGAGUUUCAUGUGCUAGCACUUUACAGUAAGUCAUUCAUAAUUCCAGUGGAAUCCAUACCAAAAUACCCUCAGUUCCUACCAUGUCUAUGAGUGGUUUUUGUUUGUUUUUUUUUUAGUAAAAUCCACAGGGAUUAGACUUGUUUAGAUGCAUCACUAAUGCUGGCUUCAAAUUAACUUUGCCCAAGAGCUACCAACUGGCUUUCAAUCUCAUUUUUUUUACACAUUCCCUGAGGAACAAAGAACGUCACGCAGACUUCCAUUUAAAAGUUUGGCCUUUUGAGAAAAAUCAUCCUUU